AUGGACACUAUUAGAAAUCAUCCACUUCCAUUAUGGCCCAGAUACACAGGGAGAUAUUCUUUUUACGACCCAGAGGAGCUCAGUCUGAGUGGAUCUAAAUGUGGUAUUUGGUACACUGUUACUAGUGGACUCUAUAUUGCUCUCAGAUUUAGAAAAGAUAGAAAUGCCAGAAAUCUCGCAGCCUUCUUAUUGUUAAAUGUGUUUGCAACAAAAGGAUAUGGUGAAACUCUAUUCCUUAGUGUUCACUGCCAUAAUGCCUUUUUGAAUUCAGCAGCAGAGUCUUAACAUUUACAAAGAAUGGGUAAGUCUCUUCCAGUGAAAUGA